UUAUAUUUAUAUCACUGUCGAAUUUUAAUCUGUCUUUAUCUUUAUUAUUCCUUAGCCUCUCUUCCUUUUUCGCUUUCCGUAUGUAUGUAUAUGUAUGAUCCAUCUCUUCGUGCACAGAAGAAAUUAAUUUUAAUUAUUAUUUUGUAAAUGCAGAUUUUAUUACAAGAGAGUGUGGCACGAUCCGUCUGUGCAUUUGUCAAACACAGAAUUAAAUUGUUUCAUUACAUGGUGAGAACAGCAUGAGAAAUUUGCUGCCGCUAUAACAGCCACCCCUGAUAUAGAAUGCGAGAAAGAGAGAAGGAGCAAAAGAAGGAGAAAGAGGGUGGAAGAAGAAGGAGGGGAAGAAAAAGGAAACAGAGUGUGUUAGGGUUCGACGAGGACAAUGGUAUAAAUACGGGGCGUAGAAAAAGCGAGGGAUGAAAAUAGAGAAAGUAGGGGGGGGGGAGGAAAAAGGAGGGUUGCUAGAGAGGUACACAUACAUUCUCGGCACUGCGAGGGUACGAAUGGAUACAAGAUACCACUGCCGCGCCACGUAACCAGAGAGACGCGUGUAGAUACACGAGCAGCGGCUGUGCAUCUCUUCGCGAGCGAUGCAAGCGGAGAUACCCGGCUCCGCAAAUUCGGCGGUGCAGCGAGGUCGACGAGGAGGGCUGAAACGUUCGCGCGAUGAAGCAGGCGAGGACAGAGAUACUCGCGGCGGCGACGGUGGAGGUGGAGGCGGCACUGGCGAGGGCGGUGGUAAAACACACCUAGUGGGGUAGACGAGGACGGUGCGGUGGCGUGGAUCCUCAGCGCUUCAGGUGGGGUGGUGAAGAGAAGACGAAGAGGGACCGUCACACUGUGUGUGAAGUUGAACGAGAAGAGGAGCACUGCCGGCACCGUGGAGCAGAUAAGGACGGGAGCACCGCCGAGACAAGGUCGGCGAUACCGUCGCGGUGGAGAAGACCAAGAUAGGAGUAUCGCCGGCGCGCUGCCGCCGACGAGGACACGGCUAGAGAGGGAGAAAGAGAGAGAGUGAGCUGCGAAGGGCGGAGGUGGAGGGCGAAGAGAUGGGGUGGCCACGUCUGGCUAGCUAGCGAGACACCACUCCCCACUCGGUCUGGCCGCCUCUCUCCACUAGCCUCCUCUCUUUCUCGCUCUCCUCUUUCAGUGUUCGUUCGAGCGCGGCCCGGUGCGGUUCUGCUACCCCGUGAUGCCAGAGGGUCCGCUUCGUGAUGGGAGCUCACUGCCGCGGUAAUAUCGGUGGCUUCCAUCGGUAGCCGAUUCCCAACGCCGGUACACCACCCUCCGUUGGUUGUCAUUCGCGCGCGGCUCCAGCUCGUCUCUUUCCAGGAGUGAGAGAGAAAAGGAGAGGAAGAGAGAGAGAGAGAAAGAGAUAAAGAAGAAAGAGAGAGCGGGCGUGCUCGGGGAGGAGGGGGUGUCAGCACAAGGGAGUGCGUGAGUGCAGGGGAGGCCAGGGCAGUGACACACAGACGAAAAUACUCCAAGGCCAAUUUCACGAGGGGAAACGAUGUCGGAGAUUUGAUCGGAGGGAAAAACGGAGGGGAGAUUAGUUCGCGACUGGUACAGGAUCGGCAGCUGCAGACAACCAGACGAUUGUCGCUGUCGUCCCCGGGGGGAAAGUUCCGAAACGUCAUCGCCCUUCUCUCGGUGAAAACAAACACGCCCGCGCGCGCGGCAGAUCAGCUAGGCCGUUCGUCAGCGUGAAAUAGGGAGCGCGAGAGGAAGUCGUGAAUGACAGAGAGUAGUCCUCAAGUCCGAUUGUUUUUCUCCAGAGAGGAGAGAAAUCCGUUUCGCGUCACCUCCCUCCUCGUCCCUCCUUCCUCGGAGGGAGAAUAAAUUUUUAGAAUUCCCAUCUCUCUCGCGGAAACAAGUCGGGAAGAUCGCCUGCCAAUCUGAAUGAGAAACGGGACUUUGCUCCGAGCAGAGUUUUAUUCCCGGAGAGAGCACAAGUGAGCUACUGAGAGAGAGAGAGAGAGAGAGGGAGAGACACAAAGAAAGAGAGCGAGAGAAAAAGAGACCGCGCCAAGUUCCAGUAAUUUUCAACAAACAACUGUGACAAUAUGCCUGGAAACUACUCGGUGACCUGCGAGCCGGGCCUAGUGAUACCGCUCUGGCGGCCGCAGGAAAACCUGCAUCUAAUCGACAUCAUCUUCCGUGGCCUGGUGUACUUCUUCCUGUUGUUGUAUCUGUUCAUCGGCGUGUCGAUCAUCAGCGACCGCUUUAUGGCUGCCAUCGAGGUGAUCACGUCUAAGGAGAAGGAGUUGGUGGUGCGCCGUCACGGGAGAGAGCCACAGAUCAUCGUGGUGCGUGUGUGGAACGAGACGGUGGCCAAUCUGACCCUGAUGGCGCUCGGUAGCAGCGCUCCCGAGAUCUUGCUGUCCAUCAUCGAGAUCUGGGCGAAGAACUUUAACGCGGGCGAGCUGGGCCCGGGCACGAUCGUCGGUUCCGCCGCCUACAAUCUCUUUGUUAUCAUUUCUCUGUGCGUGUUCGUGAUCCCCAAUGGCGAGACCCGGAAGAUAAAGCAUCUGCGCGUUUUCUUCGUCACCGCCACCUGGAGCAUCUUCGCCUACGUAUGGCUCUAUAUCAUCCUGGCGGUUUCCAGUCCCGGCGUCCUGGAGGUCUGGGAGGGCAUCCUCACCUUCUCCUUCUUCCCGGCCACGGUACUGACGGCAUACGUCGCCGAUCGGCGACUGUUGAUCUACAAGUAUCUGAACAAAGGCUACCGGAUGAACAAGCGGGGUGUGAUCGUGCAGGCGGAGGCCGGGGAUUCCGACCUAGGGGUGGAGCUGGAGAUCAAGCCGCAGCAAGAUGGUCUUGGCGGCAUGGUGGACCGCCUAGCCGACGCCGACUCCCCCGAGGCGCGAGAGUUCGAGCAGACUCGCAGAGAUUACAUCAACACCUUGAAGGAAUUGCGCAAGAAGUAUCCUACUUUGCCUCUCGAGCAAUUGGAGGUCAUGGCCCACGAGGAGGUGUUGGGCAAAGGCCCUAAGAGCAGGGCCUUCUACAGGGUGCAGGCUACGAGGAAGAUGGUAGGCGCGGGCAACCUCAGCAGGAAGAUCAGCGAGAGAGCGCAGAGCGACCUCAGCGAGGUCAAGGCCGAGCUGCAGAAAGCAGAGGCGGAGAGCAUCGAUAUCGAACAAGUCAACGCCAUGAGAAUAUUUUUCGAACCUGGUCAUUACACCGUGAUGGAGAACGUUGGUACCUUCGAGGUGGGCGUUUCCAGGGCUGGAGGUGAUCUCACCAGACCCUGCACCGUGGAUUAUUGCACGGAAGAUGGCUCCGCCGAGGCGGGAUCUGAUUACGUGAGUGCCAAGGGCACUUUAACUUUUGGGCCUGGCGAGACUAUGAAGACUAUCAAGCUCUCAGUUAUCGAUGACGAGUUGUUCGAGGAGGAUGAACACUUUUAUGUCAGACUCAGUAACGUGUCGCAGCCAGCAAUGCUCGUCUCGCCGAGCCUGGCGACGGUAAUGAUCCUGGAUGACGAUCACAGCGGCAUUUUUGGAUUUCCCGAGAGAGAUGUAGAGCUAGUGGAGAGCGUAGGUGCGCAUCCUCUGCGGGUGGUGCGCUAUAGUGGGGCCCGGGGUCGCGUUAUUAUCCCUUACCGUACUGUGGAGGGCACUGCAAAACCCGGCAGGCAAUACGUGCACACCGAGGGCACCCUGACUUUCGAGGAUAAUCAGACAGAAAAAAUGAUCAGCCUGGAAAUAAUCGAAGAGGAUUCCUACGAGAAGGAUGCCCUUUUCUAUGUCGAAUUGGGCGAACCAUUGCUGCAAGGAGCAAGACGUUGCGAUUUUCUGUUUUCAGCGGAAGCAGGAAUGGCUGCAGCGGCGGAGAUGAAGCAGCCGGAGGAGAGAACGGAGGAAGAGAAAAUGGCACUGCUGGGCAGACCGCGUCUGGGUGAGGUGUCCCGAGCGCAAAUCAGGAUUAAAGAAUCCAAGGAGUUCAAGAACACUGUGGAUAAGCUAGUCCAGCGAGCAAACGCCUCCAUAAUACUCGGCACGAGUUCUUGGAAAGAGCAAUUCACGGAAGCGCUGACCGUCAGUGGGGGCGAUGAGGACGAAGAGGGUGGACGACCUUCCUCACCAUCCGCGACGGAUUAUCUUAUGCACUCGCUUACCAUUUUCUGGAAGAUCCUCUUUGCCUUCGUUCCGCCCACAGACAUCGCCGGUGGCUACUUGUGCUUCGUCGUCAGCAUUCUGGGGAUCGGGGUUGUUACGGCGGUGAUCGGCGAUGUGGCCUCGUAUUUCGGUUGCACUUUGGGUAUCAAGGAUUCUGUCACCGCGAUCGUUUUCGUCGCCCUCGGUACCAGCAUUCCCGACACGUUCGCGAGCAAAGUGGCCGCUUGCCAGGACAAGUACGCCGACGCGAGUGUGGGCAAUGUGACUGGAAGCAACGCGGUAAACGUCUUCCUGGGAAUCGGCGUCGCGUGGAGUAUCGCCGCAAUUUAUCACGCUUUCCACAACGAGCAAUUCACCGUCAAUCCUGGCAACCUGGCCUUCUCCGUCACCCUGUUCUGCAGUGAGGCUUGUUUCGUGAUCUUGGUGCUGCUGGUGAGACGAGUGAAGUCGAUCGGCGGUGAAUUGGGCGGACCUUUUAUACCGAAAGUCAUCACGUCCGUGUUCCUGUUCUCCCUCUGGCUGCUCUACCUCAUCAUGUCCACCCUUGAGGCCUACGGCGUGAUCCAGGGUUUCUAAAUCAAGGCCAAUGUGACGCCAUUACGUCGGCCUAUCCACUGCAUAUAUCUUAAGCUCUGGCGUCCGCCAAGGCAUGUGCUCAACGAAACUAUUAACCGGACACAGAAGCGGUAUCGGGACGAUACGAUUUCGCGAAGAACGAACUCUAAUUGUGCCGGGAAACUCACUUAUAAGUUCAUCCUCUGAGACGAUUAACAACGAACAUGUUCGCGUGACGUAUUAAAUGGAUAUGUGUAUGUAUGUGUAUGCAUGUAUAGGGUAUAUCCGAGAGCGCGGGAGUGCCUGGCGAGUGUGUCCGGUAAUGAGAAGAAAAGCGAAUCGAUUGGAGGAAAGGGCGAACGAAGAAGGGCUGAAGAAAAAAGAAGGAACUGGAGAAGAGAGAAGAGUGCGCGCGCGAGAAAAAGUGUGAGCUUGCCUUAAAAUAAUUCAAAGGGAGAAAGAAGUAAGUGCGUUCUAGUCAUGCCAUAUUCCCCGCAACACGAAAGAAAGAGAUUUGGCCGUUAUAAAAAGAAAACCAAAGAAAAAAAGAAAUGAAGAAAAGAAGGAGAAGGGAGAAGAAGGGCGAAGAAGGGGCAGAUGCGUACGUAUGUACUGGUCGGAUCGCGGGUACACACACACGAGAUACGUGUACAUACUGUAUUUAUUUAAAUCUAACAAUAAGAGACACACAGGUUUCUAUAUAAUGGUAAUUCAGUAGCGGGUUGUGUAUUGCGAUUCUUUUCAUUUUCUGCCAGGGAAAAAAAAAACAAAAACAAAAGACGUCAGUAAUUUUUUAUACAUACGCGUACGUAUUACUGAAACGACACGUUACUUUUAUCGAGGGGAACCUUCGAUGCCGGAUCGAUUGUCGCGAGGGGAUCUCGCGAGGGAAGAGAGAAAAGUGCGCAAGCACCUGAGCAGAAAUGAGCGACAACCGUUGGCACGGUUGCAUACGAUAUGCCAAGCUAGUCAGUGACCUUCGUUCAUUGCCAUUUUAUAAAGUUUUAGAAAUUUAUUUCUGAUAUUAUAUACCAGAAAUGAUGAAAUUAGAGUUCACUAGGCAUGCGUUCUUUCCUUAAUCUCCUCAGCGUAAUAAUAUAUUUUAAUAUGUAUUAGAUUUAUACACGUUACGAUCUUUCAACGAAAACCGGGAGUAUAAAAACGUGCGACGUACAUAUUACUACAUCCAAAAGUUCGAGGCAAACGACCUGCGAUCGAUCGGAUAUUGCAUGACUGCGUCGAAUUUGUAAACAGCAUAGAGUUGAGAAAGAACGUAAUAUAGUGCAUUUUUAUCAAUUGCAAUAAUUGCAUGGAUGCUCUCUAAAUCGCGUAGAGCGAAACGUCACUACGGAAGAAGUGUGAAGAGUGUGAGCAAUUUUUACCACUCCGAGAAGAAUCAAGAUUCACUCCUGUAGAAUGAAAAUUGAGCUCGCGCGAUUUUCCGGCUUGACUUUUCGCUCUCUGCGAAAUUUAAAGAGUACAAAAAUGUGCGCGGUGGCCACACACUCGUGAAACUAGUUGACUUUACCGUUUCGAUGCAGCUGAUUUUGGUUGCUACUGAUGAGGGUUGCCGGAGAGAUCUCUCUUUGCGAGGUCUCCGUCUUCUUUAGAUCUAGAUAGCCUGUGUGUCACUGUCGCGUCGCGAAACGAAUAAAUUGCAUGACGAGCAGCUCGAUAACAGGAAUGCACGUGCGGUUCGUUCCAAAGUGGCGAAAUUGCAUUUUUAAAAGCAAUUAAGGUAAAAAAAAUACACGACAAACGAUAAACGAGCAAAUUAAAGGCUAAAAAAAGAAAAAACAUUUAUUUAUUCUGAAUUCGUUGGAAAACACGAGAAUAAUUAAUAUGACAUAUUUAUUAAUGAAUGACACACAUAUUUCGAAGAAAAUCAAUAUAUCAUAUUAAUUAAUUAUUCAUGUGUUUUCCAACCAAUUGAGAAUAAACGGUUAUUCGUUUUUUUAUCCUUUAAUUCGUUGACCUAUUCUGUUUUUUUUUUUUACCUUAAUUGCACAUAUCGAGCUUAUUGUUUCUCGAUUAUUUUUCAAAUAAAAUUCUCGUAGCGAAAAGUUUCCUUUUUUUUUAUACGAACGCAGUCUAACGGAAGCUAAUAAAUAAUUUAAGUUUCAAGCCGGGGACACACGGCAUCGCUAGACGUAGAGGAUCUAGAUUAUCUAGAAUCUUUAGGCAAUCCUAUUGACGAUCGAUAAACGUCUCUCAGCGCGUUUAUUGUGAAAUACAUUUAUACAUUUUUCUCGUCAGAUUGAACCUUUUAUACGGGAGCGUGUGAAUUUUUUUCCAGUGCGACCUGGGCAUCGAGCGGAGUUUUUGCGACGCCGUGCCAUUCAAAAUUGACGUAGACGGAUAAUUUAUAGAAUGUUUAUAGGUGAGCACUAAUUACGUCGAUUCACAGACCGUUUAUCAUCACAGCUGUUGAUCAAACACUUCAUCAAUUUCCUCCGGCGCGGAUCACUGGCUCUUGAAAAUGGCAGUACCAAUUAAGGUGUGCAUAAUUAAGAUAUCGCACUGUUCAUUUAAUCUCAAAGUAGAUCAAUUAGAACAAUUGCGCGUUAGAGCCCAUAAAAGUGCAUAGCGAAUGACAUUAAAUUAUAAGCGUUAAUUAAUUUAUUACAGCAUUAGAGGAAAGUCGUCAAUACGGACGUGGAUCUCCUGAAGCGACACUCCCUUGUUUAUAACAUAAAAACUUGGCCUGCUUAGAUAAUUAAAGAAGUAAAGAUUCGCAGUUCGUGUUGUACAUUCGUGGCUUUUUUUUAUAUACAAUCUGCUAAUAACGAAUUCUUCAAAAGCAAGAGUAAUAUUUACACAGGUUUCCUUUGCAGAUUACUUAGAGAAGGAAAAUGUAGCAUUGCUGCUUACUGCAACGGCUUUGAAGCUCAUUUUUGCUUACCUUAAUUAUUAAGAAAAACUCAAUUAUUGCAAAAUUUAAAACGAUAUUACAAAAACUUUUGAUAGAGGACUUUUCAGUUUGUAUUAAAUGUUUUUAAGUUUAAUUUUUAGUUUUUACUUAAGAUUUACAAUUUACAAAAGCACACAAAGUGGUGACCUGUGUCGAUAUCGACGAUUUUCCUCUGUUAAUUUAUUACCCGUUCAAGAUAGGAAACAAAAUUGUCGCGAAAGAUUUUGGCAACUCGGAUAAUACGCGAUAACACGUAGUAAAAAGUCUAAAGAGACCAAGUGCAACAUAUUCUAAAAUUUUCGACGUUUUUCUUGUAAGUGUGAUUGAUUUCGCAUGAACGCUACUCGAGAGGGAUUUCGAGAUCGUCGUCAAUCAGAGCAGCACAAAUCGUUAGCAGAAUUUGAUAACCGUCUUGUCAGCAGAAUCGCGUUAUUGAAAAAAAUACCAGCAGAAACAUAUUUAAAAAAAAAACAUAUUUACUUGUUAAGAGUAGUUAUAGAAAGUGCGACGAGUAUUAAAUUAGACUCACCUUCGCGAGUUGUAUCGCGGCCUUCGUUCGAAUGAGAAUUGCAUUCUCCUUUAAAGAUUACAACGCGAACAUAUUCCAACUUCAAAAUGUUCAAAUUUUUGUCUGUAGACUCCGUUUGACAUUAGGUUAACUUUAAACUCGAUUUAGCUCAUUUCCCUAGACACGUUGCAAACGCUGCAAAUGACAUCGCAAAUCGACGUAAAUUUCGCAACAAUCGCGCUGUAACGCGGCAGUUUUGUCGGAAUUUCUGAAUAAUAUUUGUCAAAAAUUAGACAAAUUCAAAUACUGAAACUAUAAAUAUUUUGACAAUUAUUUUAAUAAAAAUCGUUUAAGUCUUUAUUUAAAGUUUUGUCAUGCUUGUAUAACAUUUCAUGUUGCAAUAUUUUUACAUUUUACUUUAAGAAAAAUUAUUCGUUUGAUAAAUGUGUAUAUGAAUUAAUUACAAUUCUAAAAUAGUGUUUUACAGCGAAAAUAUUUUUCUCAAUUAUUGAACAAUUUCUUUUUUUCAAAUUUAAUUUGAAAAAGGUUUCAUGUAACUUAAUAAAUGCUAUUUUGUCAAGGUUUCCAUCUUUUCGGAAGAAUUGAAAAAGGAAAUAGAAAGCAAGUUGAACCGAGAUUAAGGUCAAUCAACAUUGAAGGAACGAGUCUUGAAUUUCGCGUUCGCGAAACUUUUCCAGACAAAAAUUCAAACACUUUGACGUCGCACGAUAAACGAGGGAGCACGAGAUUUUUCGCGUGUUAUUUUUGAAGGAGGAAUUUGCGUGAAAAUCGUUCACGUCGAGUCUGAGAUUGACUAUAUUGGCCCACACUGCCUUUGAUCGAGGGUCGCACCCGGCAUUGCGAGGCAUCAACGGUUAUACAAACAAGUUAUCCGGAUCAGGCGGACUACACACCCCCGACAUCCGUUUAAAGACGGAACGACUCCCAAUACGAUAUCGCUUCACGAGAUCGUAUUCCGAAUUCGAGAGAGAGCACGAGUCAGCAUCACGGAUCUCUCGCGACCGCAGACGCGUUGAAUUUUAUGUUUACCGUUGUUACGAGAAUCUCAUAUGAUUAUGGAGAUUUUUAGAAGUACGUCUCCGAACGGGCGUCCGUUCUUAGCCGAUGUUCCGUGAACAUCAGGGAUAUACCUCAUGGUACGACCCUAUAAGCGCGUAAUAUUAUUUAAAUAUUAGAUAAUAUUACUCAAAUAUUAAUAAAAAGUGGUUAUGUGUGUCCACUCCUGAUGAUAUUAAAGGAAUAUUAUACAAAUAUUAUAUAAGAAGUAGCAUUGUUUACUUCAAUAUUUUUUUAAAUUAUCGGAAAUGUAACUUUUAAACGUAAUAAUUAUAAAGUUUACGAAUAUUUUAUACAUAAUGAUUCAUAUUAAUUUUUUUAAUAUAUUCACAAUAAUAUUCAUAAUAUUACACGGAUAUUGUGUUAAAACGGACAUAACGUUAAUGCAAUGUUCCCAUAAUAUUAAAAAAAUAUUAAUUUUCGGAAUAUUAUUUUAAUAAUAUUCGUAUAAUAUUCUAGGAAUAUUGUGUGCUUACAGGGGACACGAAUUGAAUGUUAUCGUUAGCAUUUUAUAACGUUAACCGAGGCUUUUUGUAACGUUAGAGGAAGAAAAAUUGUUUCCAUUCCCUCGAUCCCCCGACAAAUUUCACCAGCGAAUUUUACAUGUUGUUGUUGUCGUGAUCUCGAGGCGAAGAUCACAACGAGGAUGGAAGCUACGAUUGAUGUCGCUUUAAAAGGCAUAUUACACCCCGAACAAACUUUACGGGCUGUUACGCGCAGCACUCGCGUAUGUACAAAUUCGUUACGCCUGUUUGUUCCCUACGGGUAUCAACCUAAACCUUAAAGGAACGAUUUUAUGACUAUUUAAUGACUGCUGCUCAGUAUUACAAAAGCGCGGAGAUGAGCAAUUGGAAGACGAACACACCUAUCGGGUUAACCGCACUAACGACUGGCGAUUAGUGCCACAAUCUUCUGAUUCUCCUCGGUAGAAAAAUUUUAGUGAAAUUUUGAUAAUAUUUAUUUUCCUGAAUUUUAUGUUCAUCUGUGGAAUAUUUUGACGAUUUCAUCAAAAAUUCAUCGUUCAUUAAAAUGUUAUUAUGUGCGUUUGCGACUUUUCGUUGCAAUUUCAUAAAAAAUUCAUUACAAUUUCAAAAAAUUCUCUCACUUUUUCGUUAAAUAAUAUCAAUAACUUUCUAUAAAAUUUCGUUACUUUUUUCAUUAAAUUCUCAUUUCUGUCUCUUUGAAUAAACAAGUUUUAUAUGACGUUUGAAAGUACUGUAUCUUUCCAUUCACUAGGGUCCUUUAACGCCUCAAAAUGUCAUCUGCUUUUCAUAAAAACUUGGAAAAUAAUUUUUACACCAAAGUAUAAUUAAAAUUUCGUCGUUGCAUAUUCAUUGGAGUUUCAUUAAUUUAAAUAAAAUUUCAAUAAACAUGCAACGACGCCAAGUUUUUCGAAUUUCAUCGAAGUUUUAUUGAAAUCUUUCUAUCAGGGAUCACUCAACCUAACUCUGCGUUAUAAAAAAUAAUCGAGAAAGAAAUAGAGUGGAAUUGUUACUUUCGGAUUACUUAACGUCUGUAAGCGUACUUCUGCUCAUUUGCUCACGGAUAGGAUUUUCUUGUUCUCUCUUUCUCUCCCUCCUUUCAUCUUGCUCUCUUUCUCUUUCUCUCUCGUUCUCAUCUCACUUCACUUCCUCUCCUUCCAUCCUCCUUCCUCUCUUUCUCUCUCUCUUUCCAGUCAUAUUGGAUUAUGACAUCAAAUAAAAGAUUAUACGUUAGAUUCUCUCGCGGUAUAAAAAUUAUCGCACAUAAAUUGACAUGAGAAUGUUUUCGGGUACCACGUAAAACGUUACAAGUGACGCUACACCGUUUCGCAAAAUUUCAGCUGUACCUUUCAUCGUUGAUAUCGAUACGCUACAUGUUCAUUGUGCUUAUGUUGUGUGUGCUGCAUAGAUUUUAAACGAUGUUGAUUAUGAAAAUGCCAUUAUUUAUGUUUAACCGAUGCCAAAUAUGAUAACGAUUUAUUUCUGUUAGCAAGUAGUUACGUUAAUUAGCCUCGCUUGUCAACUUUUUAUUUUCCAAUUUGUUUCUAUUAAACACAGAAUGGAAAAGGACCCUUUUACUUCAAGCUAUAAUUCAGAAGAAAAAAAAUUGAUAUGAUCUUUCGAUUAUGAUAUCAUAAUUCAACAUGCCUGUGAGAUCUAACGUCUAGCCGUUGAUCUGUUCAGAAAUAAUUUAAAGGACGUAAUUUAAAGGAAAAGAUUUUGUAUUAAUAAACCUGCAUUCGUAUAUUUCGCCCUUCUCGAAUAACACGAGAUUUUUCUCAUACCCUGGAAAAAUUACUUUCGUUCGAUCUAACAUUUCAAUGUAGCUGACAUGUGUACAUCGAUGUCCACUGACAUUAAUCGAGCUAAUUUAGAUUUGCGGAUAUUAAAUUGGAAAUAUUUUCAAAGAUGUUAUUGACGAUGUUAUAAUAUUACGGAACUUCCAUUAGAACACGAUGGUUUAGUUAUUCUUGUUAUAUUAAUCGUAUUUUUCGCUCAAUACUUUCUGCAACAAUUAUGUUAAAUUAAUUUAUUUUUUAUUAUACGAUAAUUUAUACGUACUUACAGUGCAAGAAAUUCUCUAACAAAGAAAUUUAAAUGUACGAUGAAUUAUUUAAUGUACGGCAUAUCAAAGUCUUCGAGGGGCGCGUGAGACAAUGUUUUACUACAAAAGUUACGUACUCUAACAUUGCACGUACAAAGACACUGGAAUCGACAUUGUUAAAUGUAGUCGUCGAAUUAAUAUGAUUUAUAUUAUUUCGAUUUAAUCAUUUAAGCAAUCGUAUGAUUUUUAAAUAAUUUUUUUUUUAUGUUAAGUUUAUGCCAAUUCAAAAGUUGAGAUAAUAGAUAACAGAUGUGGACCGCGAGAACAAAGCGGAAAGCAUCUUGAAAGAUAUUUUUGUCAAUCAAAUACACUAUGGCGGCGUUAAAUCUCACAAUUUUCUAGAUCGCAAAUACUGUCAGUUUUUAUUUUUUAUUUUUUCCUUAUUUUUACGAAGAUGUUUGUAAUGAUGAAAAUAACCGUUUUACGUAGCUUUUCAAGUUUCACAUCAAUCCUCAUUAAAGAAACAUUCGGUGACUUUUUAAUGAAUCCAGAAUUGACGCUGCCAUAGUUAUUAAGUAAAUUUGGCUGCAAUUUGCUUUGAAACAGUUUCGUUUGCUACAUCAAUAUUAUGUUUGGCGACUUCAGUUUAAUAAAUCUUUUGAAAUUAUUAUAACGUAUUCUUUGUUUUUUAUGUUCCCGCAAAAUUUCCUUCAUUACUUUUAUUGUUCCUAUGGUUAAACCAAUGAGUUUUGCGAUGAUUGAAUUUAUGUUAACCAAUUAGAAGAGAAAAAGACUUUGCGGCAUUAUUCAAAAUGUUUUACUUCAUGUUUUUUUUUUUUUUUUUAAUUGAUUUUCAACUUGACUACAGAUAUGAAAUCUAUACAAAACGAGCCUCGAGUAGUGUACACGUGGAAAGCGUAGUUAAAAAGUAUUUCGAAAGAGAGGAAGAAAGACGAAUGAAAAAAUGAGC